AUGGAGUCGUUGAUUUUGAAGAAUGGGAAACCGGGGACUCCGGUGAAAGAUCGGAGCAAGUCUCAGUCCAAGGUCCAAGAGACUCUCCGACCGUCGGAGAAUGCAAACCCUAACGUUUCACAGGCAAGUCCGGCUAAGUCUCCGCUCGCGAAAUCCGCAGCCUCCCCAAUUGUGAAAUCUGCGAAUUCGAAGAAAUCGGCGCAGAAGAAUCAGAUCCCGAACCUUAAACCGACCCAGGCGGUUUUCUCUCCCCGGAAUCGGAUCAGAGAGAGGAGGUUCGUUGUGGUGGCGAAGAAGAAUUCGAAGAAGGGGAAAAAAGAUCCGGCGCCUACGGAGUCGUCGACGGUUUCUGAGAUCGAUUGCAAAUGCGGAGAGAGGAAGAAUGGGAACAUGAAGUGCGUUUGCGUCGCGUAUGAAACGCUGCGUGCUUCACAAGAGGAGUUCUUCAAGAAACGAAUCGAGUCCGAGGAGGAAAUGGGAGGUGUGGAGGAAUGCUGUGAUCUCGGAGACGGAAAUGAAGUAGAUGGAGAUGGAUCCGGUGAACCGGAACUGAUUGGCGUUUCUACAAUGAAGAGGCCAAGAGCCAAGGUGGUGGAGGAAUCACGGCGAAGUGUGCCUGAGUCCGGUAAAGUGAUGAAUCUAGUAGAAGCAUUUGAGAAGCUCACUUGCUUCAGUGUCUCAAAGGCAAGCAGCAAGAAAGAAGAUGAACAACCUGCAGAGGAUAUGAAGAAGCAGCACCCAUGGAGUUCUUCGUUUUGUCCAUCUGAAUUGGUACUAACAGCUAAGAAUCUGGGUUUAGACCCCAAGGCCUCGGUUUCUUCGUCCUGGGACAGCAGCCGCGGCAGUGUUUUGAGUGGGAAUUCAAAUGCUAGCAGGAGAAGCAGGAGAAAUAGCUUGGACUCAUCGACUACAAUGGGAAGCAGAAGAUCAAAGAAGAAGCAGGUUAAGGUCACUUCAUUGAAGCCGUUUAAACUUAGAACUGAGCAAAGAGGUAGAAUGAAAGAGGAAGAGUUUGCAAAGAAGCUUCAAGAAAUGACCAUGGAGGAAGACAAGUUGAGAAUCCCUGUUGCUCAAGGUCUUCCAUGGACAACCGAUGAGCCUGAGUGUCUAGUCAAGCCUCAUGUGAAAGAUAUUACAAUACCAGUCGACUUGACGCUCCACUCAGAUGUCAGGGCUGUAGAACGCGCGGAAUUUGACAACCAGGUUGCCGAGAAGCUGAGCUUAAUUGAGCAAUACAAAAUGGAAAGAGAGAGACAACACAAGAUGGCAGAGGAAGAAGAGAUAAGAAGGCUGAGGAAAGAGUUGGUCCCAAAGGCGCAACCAAUGCCCUACUUUGAUCGACCAUUCAUUCCAAGAAGGUCGAGCAAGCAUCCAACCGCACCAAGAGAUCCCAAGUUUCACAUACCGCAACACAAGAAGAUAAGAUGCUGCAGCAGUUCAUCUUCUUGGAGUGAAACUGGCUCCUGCAUGAGUGAUCUCCAUUAUCAGUAUCUUUGA